UAGUAUUACCCAUCGAAGAUCCGUUCGAAUCGAAGAUCAGUCCGCCCAAGAAAGUGAGAUUUGUGCAGUGAAAUACUGAAAAUACUGAUAGAAAUCAGCCAAAGACUGUAAAAUCAGCCCAGUGAGCAACCCAAAGUUAAGACCCGAUUUCAAAAUGAAUCACCUAUCGCCGCCGCCAUCGCCGCACUCCCAGCAGCCGAGUCCCGCGGGAUUGGGCUGCCAUGGAGCGGCUCUGGACAAACAGUGGAUGCAGCGGGCGUCCGCCUUCAACACUGUGAUAGCGUCGGCCGCGGCCCAGAAACUCAAUGGGAGAGAUCUGCCCUUUUUGUACAAUCCACUGCUCUACUCGAGUGCCCUGCUGUGGCCCCAGUUCCUUCUGUCCUCGGCCACCGCACUGGGCACGCCCCUGACCCCCAUGACCCCAAAGUCACCCGCCUCCGUGGUGCUGGGUCAGCGGGAUCGUGACUUUGCCCUGACACCCGAGAAGGAGCACGAGCUGCAGCUGAACAACAACAAUGAGGUGGCCCAGCCGGAGGAUCAGGAGCAGGACGAGGACAUGCCCCUCAACCUGAGCACCAAGGAGCGCAUCACAGCGGACCACGCCAGGCAGGAUCAGUACCACAGCAGCAGCAACAACAGCAGCAGGAGCAGUUCGAGCAGCGAGGUGGAGCCACUGCAUCCGCUGACCUCGCUGAAUGUGACUCCGCCUCCCCUGAGGGCGGUGAACCUGAAGAGUUCGGGCACGCCACAGCAACAGCGCCAGCGAUCGCAGGGUAACAUCAUCUGGUCACCGGCCUCCAUGUGCGAGAGAUCUGCGCGGCGGGAGCAGUUUGGCCUGAAGAUGGAGGAGCAGGGCUACGAGGAUGAGCAUCAGGUGGACCCCAUAGUGCGGAAGUUCAAGUACGAGCGCAGGACGGCUUCCAUACAAUCGCUCCAAUCGCCCAUCUCCUCGUUGUCCGCCCCGCCCUCCUCGAACUCCGUCCAGGAUUUGGAAUUCGAGGUGGCCCAGCAGCAGUUGUACGCCCAUCGCAGCGCCUUCAUGGCAGGAUUGACGGGGAACAACUUGGAGCUACUCACCCAGCAUCUCAAGCAGAAGAGCAGCGAGCAACCACAGCAGCAGCAACAUCGCAUCAAGGACGAGCAGCAGGACAGCCGAUCGGCAGCCGCUCUCAUGAAUUUGGUGGCAGCCGCCGAAUUUGGCUAUAUGCGUAAUCAACACCAACAGCCGCAGCAGCAGCAACAGUUGCAUCACCAGCAGCAACAUCAGCAACAUCAGCAGCAGCAGCAGCAACAUCCUGACUCGACGGCCACAGAUGUUGCGCGUCGCUCGUCCUCCUCGUCCUCUUACCAAGGUGAAAACGAGGAGAAGCGCAGCGGCAGGAAUUUCCAGUGCAAACAGUGUGGCAAGAGCUUCAAGCGUUCAUCCACCCUGUCCACGCAUCUGCUAAUCCACAGCGAUACCCGGCCAUAUCCCUGCCAAUAUUGCGGCAAGAGGUUCCACCAAAAGUCGGACAUGAAGAAGCACACCUAUAUACACACGGGCGAGAAGCCCCACAAGUGCACCGUCUGCCUGAAGGCCUUCAGCCAGAGCUCCAACCUGAUCACGCACAUGAGGAAGCACACGGGCUACAAGCCCUUCGGCUGCCUGCUCUGCGACCAGUCCUUCCAGCGGAAGGUGGAUCUGCGCCGGCACCGGGAGAGUCGCCACGAGGAGGCGCCCCCUCUGGAGGACCUCAAGCCUUUGAAGAUGGAGGUCAGUAGCAGCAGCUGCUGACCUCGGCUAGGACAUCCCUGACAUCCCGGUGAUCCCAGUAUUAGUCGAUCAGGAUCGAUGCAACCGCAGCCGGAGGAGCAGAUCACAGUUGGCCCUAAGUCUAAGUCGUUGCUAUGAAGCCAAAGUUUGUUUUGUUUAGGCCUUCGCAAAGAUUUACCUAAUCAUAAGUACUAUUGUUAGAUCCCCUUGACAACCCCCCUAGCUAAGAUACUGCCGUAAGCCUGUACAUAGUUAUCCGAAAACAAGACUCUUCUUAUAGCCGCUAAGCCCUAGCUUAAUAACUAAUUAAAUUAUUGCAUUAACCCUUAUUGAUUUGGUUUAAACUUAACCCAAAAUUGGCAGCUAAACGUACCAAAGAACAACCUCAAACAAUUGAACUACCACUUGGCGACCAUUUGUCUAAAUUUAGUUUCCUAAUUUAUUUAAGUUUUUCGAUGGCAUGCCCAAUUUAUUUAUACGAUUUAUGCGAAUUUUUAGUUUAUUCUUAUUUUGUAAUCUACCCAAUGACUUUAAUUGUAAUUAUAUUUAUUA